CGUCAGUACAUAUUACGUCGUUUUUGAUAGCAGUAACAACACCGUGCGCGUCAUGCUUCGGUACUGGCUAUUGGCGAUUGUGUGGGGUGUUGCAUCGAUUGCACUUGCCGAAGACAACGAUUUUGUGGACGUGUGCUUCGAGCACGAAGGAGAAAAACCUCCGCACUGUGAGUUUAUCGAUUUUGACGAUGUGUUUCAAACGUCCAGCACCGACAUCAAGUUCAACUGGAGCUUCAUCACGAAGCUAACGAUCAGCAACAAGAAGAUAAUCGGUGUACCGACGAAAAUGUUUGCCUCCCUGCCAAAUCUCGAGAGUUUCAUCGUUCUCAACAGCUUGUUCUACCGUGAAAUUGAUCCAAACAGUUUCGUCGACUGUAACAAGCUGAAUCACAUUGAAAUUACCGGCACAAACAUCACGCUGCUCGACUCGCACAUGUUUCCGAAAACGCCGAAGCUCCAGUACCUUCUGUUUCAUCACAACCGUAUCGCGGAGAUAAAGCACGAUGCGUUCGAGUUUCUGGGCGAGCUGGAGGAACUCAAUCUGUCGUACAACAACCUAACCCGAUUGCCGAGUGGAGUGUUUCACAUGCUUCGCAAGCUGAAAACGCUCGAUCUGAACCACAACCGGCUUCUGCUGCUCAGCUUUGACAGUUGGUUUCCACCGGACGGUGCCGUCGCGCUGCAGUAUCUCGAUGCGUCCUACAACCAGCUGGUAGAUAUGUCCUGGACCGAGAUUAACGUGCGCAAGGUAAACCUGAAGUACAACAAUCUUACCACCGUACAUGUCAAUGGAAACUGUAGUGAAUUUCAUGCGUCCCACAACGCGAUCGACACGGUAACCGUCGGACGCAACUGUAGUCUGGAGAAGCUCUAUCUGGCCCACAACCGUUUGCAGGACUUCGGUUGGUUGAUGCGCUGUGGCGAAACGCUCCGCUCGUUGGACAUUUCGCACAAUCUGCAGCAAAAGGGGAUUGCCGAAUUUGUGUUUCUUAAGCAAAUCAUCGCUCUCAACAUUGAGUGUACCAACAUCACCCUGUACUACAAAACGUUGCACGAUUUGCGGAAACUGCGCUUCCUGGACAUAUCGUACAACAAUUUGAAAAAGAUCGAUCUGGAAAAUCUUACCUCACAGCGACUGCUGGAGCGACUGAUGAUCAGUGGCAAUCCCAUCGCCAACAUCUCGAUUGGAUCAAUAAAGCGCAAUUUCCCCAACCUGAAAACGCUUGGCAUCUACGAUCUGCCCUGGAACUCUACCUCGCUAUCGAUCGCGAUCGAUGACCUGAAGAAGCAUGACAUUCAGCCCUACAUACGGAGUGACUAUCUGUUCGAUGAAUCGAAGUGCCCGCUAAAGGUGACACCAUCGUUCGGUAACGACACCGAGCACGAUCUGGGCGAUGACGAACGAUCGACGGAUACGCAUCAGCAUGCUAAUGCUGGUGAUAAGACGGCCGAGUAUGUUGUCAUUGCAUUGCUACUGUGUAUGGUGUUUGGUCUGCUGGGUAAAUUGUUUGUCGAUAGCCGAUACUUCACGGUGCUGUUUAAGGAACGCAUUCAACGGCGAACGUCUAUUUCUCACGAAAGCUUAGUUUCGUGUGAUUUGAAUGGCUAGCGGCA